GUGCUACAUGUAACGCAUACUGACCAGGUGACCAGGCCGCGUCUAUCCCUGAGGGCCAGAAUGAGCUGAAGCGGAAUCAGCUGCGCGAGCUGGCCGCCCUGAACGGAACACUUCGUGACGACGAGAACCAGGCAUGCCAGAACUGCGGCCAGAUUGGACAUCGCAAGUAUGACUGCCCGGAGAGACAGAACUUUACGGCCAACAUCAUCUGCCGUGUGUGCGGCAACGCCGGGCAUAUGGCUCGUGAUUGCCCCGACAGACAAAGAGGUGCUAGCUGGCGUAAUGACGGUCCUCGGUCGGGUGCUUCCCGCUUGGGUGGCGGCGAUGCCGUAGAUCGCGAGUACGAGCAACUCAUGCAAGAACUCGGCGGUUCCGGCGCGGCUCCCGCGCGUAUUGAAGCAGGGCCCGGCUCCCAUGGUCCUUCUGGCGGCGGAGGCGAUGCUCGGCCCUGGGCACGCGGCCCGACUGGUGGGCCUGCUCCUUGGCGUAUCAGGAACCACGACCGGGACAACGAGGGCGGCGCCCCGACUGGCCCCUCCGGAGGGCCUGCACCGUGGGCGCGUGACCGCGACCGCGACCGCGACCGCGACCGCGACCGUGGCUAUCGCGGGUUCGAUGGCCGUGAUGGAGGUGAUAGCUACUACCCUGGCGGCCACGGCUCCUAUGGCGGUGCCCCUACUGCCCCGGGCACCGCUCCCUGGAACCAGCCCAUGGGUGCUCCGGCCGCAUACCCCGGAUACCCGGGUUACGGCGGUUACGGCGCCCCUGGUGCGCCCCCGGGAGUCGGGGUUCCUCCCCCUGGCUUGCCCCCUCCGCCUCCUCCGCCCCCUCCUGGUGGCGCGCCGCCUGGCCUCCCUGGUGGACUAAACGCCCUGAUCAGUCAGUACGCUAAUGCCGUACCGCCUCCGCCCCCUCCGCCCUCUGGGGAUGCUCCUCCUCCUCCUCCACCGCCGCCGCCCGCAGACCUGCCACCACCUCCUCCAGGUGCUUAAGGGUAGACGCUAGCGGACUAACUUGCUGCGAUGCAGUAUUUUGCCGGGUAGUAGAAUGCUACUGACCGAUAGGCUGUUUCCUGUUUUUUUUCCUCUUUUUUUUCCUCUUUUUUUUCCUCUUUGCAAAUGG